CGGCAGCGGGGCACGGGAAGCGCGUUUUCCCGCAGGAAUGCUGGGACGGGCGUGCGCCCGCUGCGCUUCCCGUCUGCCGCGGGCCGGGCCGGGAGCCCUGCGGCCUCCGGGCGUGCGGAUGGUGGUGGAAAAAUAAGAAACAAAAUGAAACCUUUCCAAAAGGUCUGCCUUUUCAAGAGCUUGCUUGCCAAUUGCUGCUGUCACAGCCAACUUGACAGCUGUCUUCUCCCUCCUGUUGCAAAGAAGAUAGGCUGCAUGGUGGGACUACACAGCCACGGAUUUUGGAGGCCAAAGCCUUUAUUGGACACAGCUAGAUUCACUCUGUCUUUUAAGAGUUGGCACAGGAAAAACCACCAGGAUUCUCAAGCUUUGUGGAAGCAUGAGGCUGUGCAGAAGUAUCUGGAGUCUCUCAGCAAGGAAUACCAGGAGGUUAGUCAUCAGUUAAGUGCACACUCAUUAAAUGACUUUGAGCAAAGUACCCUGAGGAGGAGAUGUGCCGAUCUGUCCCCCAUUGCAACUGCAUUUCAAGAAAUCAAAGAGGCUGAAAGAGAAGUUCAGGAGUUAGAAGCGAUGUGCACAGAACUAAACAGCAGAGAUGAGAAACAACUUCUAGAGCUUGCCUUAGAAGAGAAGGAAAGCCUGGAUAAAAAAAUGAACACGUUGUGCAGAAAGCUUUUCCAGCUUCUAGUGCCAAAGGAAAAAUAUGAUAGAAGUCCUGUCAUAUUAGAAGUGACAGCUGGCAGAACAACUGGAGGGGACAUCUGCCAACAGUUCACUAAAGAAAUGUUUGACAUGUACCAGAGCUAUGCUGACUACAAACGUUGGACCUUUGACAUUGUGAACUAUACACCGGCUGAGAUAGGAGGCUUGCAUCAUGCUGCUGCUCAUAUAUCAGGAGAGAAUGUCUACAGGCAUCUGAAGUAUGAAGGAGGGACUCACCGAGUCCAGCGAAUCCCCGAGACAGGCAUGUCAUCGAGAAUGCAGCGUAUUCACACUGGGACAAUGUCAGUCAUUGUCCUCCCUCAGCCAGAGGAGGUUGAUGUUAAAGUGGAUCCCAAAGAUUUGCGUAUAGAUACGUUCAGAGCCAAAGGAGCAGGAGGGCAACACGUUAACAAAACUGAUAGUGCUGUGAGGAUUGUGCACCUUCCUACAGGACUGGCAGUUGAGUGCCAGCAGGAGCGGUCGCAGCAGCUGAACAAGGAAAUAGCUCUGCGGACACUGAGAGCUAAGCUGUACCAGCAGCUCCUUGAAAAGCAGCUCAGUCAAGAGCAGAGCGCCAGGAAGCUGCAGUUGGGAACAAGAGCCCAGUCAGAGAGAAUUCGUACUUACAACUUCACCCAGGACAGAGUGACUGACCACAGGAUCUCAUAUGAUGCCCGCAAUAUUAAGGAAAUUCUAAGUGGGAAAGAAGCACUGGAUAAGCUCAUCAACAGACUAUUGGAGUUUGCAGAGAUAGAGGCUGUUACCCAGUAUCUAGAAAAUUUGCAGGCUUUAGAAGGAGGAGGCUGAAGACCUCAAGUCGAAUUAAAACUGAAUUGUUAUGUUUGGCAGCUGAAUAAAACGGAUGUGUUUCUUAGAUGAUUAAAACCUAUUUCUCUGUUUUUCAAUGUGUGAUACUAUUCUUUUUGUAUCUUGGUGCAAGUGGGUUGAAUUUAUUGCAGCAGCCCUGGCAGAAAAGCAUCAGCUUCAAGUUCCGUGUGCACUUCUUCCUGUCUUGGCAGCUGGGCUUUGGUAAGCUGGUAUCCUUCCCUUGACAGUAUCACAGCUGGAAAGGCACAGAAUUGUGGUGAUGGAGCAGAAUAAAUAAAUACUACAUAGUGCACUUUUUAUUUGGUGGUGGGAGAUGUUCCUCUCCAGGUGAAAGAAACUGAGCUCCCCUAACAUAGUCUAGAACCUGGCCUCAUGAAUACUAUUUAUUUUUUGUCACUCACUGUGUGAGCUUCCUAAAUUAAAUCCCUUAGAAAU